ACAACUCUUUUAUCUCUUGCAAUGUAGGCUUUUAUCUUAAUUUCUUUUGUUUAUAAGCUUCGAUUUUGAUUCAGGAUGACCAUCCUCAUUGAACAGCCUCAUGAGUUUGGAAUAGAAGCAGAGGAAAAGAAGGUCCCCAUAGAUGAAAAAGAAUUGGUGUUGGAUGGCGGAUUUUUGGUGCCACAGACUAAUUCGUUUGGUCAAACCUUUAGGGACUAUGAUGCUGAAGGAGAGAGGCAGCCGGGUGUGGAGAACUUCUAUAGAAUCAAUCACCUGAACCAGACUUAUGAUUUUGUGAAGAAGAUGAGGGAAGAGUACAGCAGAUUGAACAGAAUGGAGAUGAGCAUAUGGGAGUGUUGUGAGCUUCUCAAUGAUGUUGUUGAUGAGAGUGAUCCAGAUUUGGAUGAGCCUCAAAUUGAACACUUGCUUCAAACUGCUGAAGCCAUUAGAAGGGAUUAUCCCAAUGAAGAUUGGUUGCACUUGACUGGCCUUAUCCAUGAUCUUGGAAAGGUGCUUCUUCUUCCUAGCUUUGGAGGACUUCCUCAAUGGGCUGUUGUAGGUGACACAUACCCAGUUGGCUGUGCUUUUGACGAAUCAAUUGUUCACCACAAGUAUUUCAAGGAAAAUCCAGACUACGAGAAUCCUGCUUACAAUACCAAGUAUGGAGCUUACUCUCCGGGAUGUGGACUCAACAAUGUAUUGAUGUCAUGGGGACAUGACGAUUACAUGUAUUUGGUGGCGAAGGAGAACAACACCACUCUACCUUCAGCAGCUCUUUUUAUCAUUAGAUACCACUCUUUCUAUGCAUUACACAAGUCAGGAGCAUAUAAGCACUUAAUGAAUGAAGAGGAUUUUGAAAACCUAAAAUGGCUUCAAAUAUUCAACAAAUAUGAUCUCUACAGCAAGAGCAAGGUUCGGGUUGAUGUAGAAAAGGUCAAGCCAUACUAUCUCUCCCUCAUUGAUAAGUACUUCCCUGCCAAGCUAAAUUGGUGAAACUUGAGGAACUCUUCCACUUUUUGGGUGAAGAGAUGUUGGCAUCUUGUGGUGAUUAACAAUGUGACAUGAGUUGUGAUGUAUGUGAGAGACUCCAUUCAGAGAUUGUCCAAUAAAAGCCUUUCUUCUGUUUCUAAUAAAAGCGUUCCUGAUCUAAUAAUGGUAAACCCAUUUAAAGCAGCCUUUUGUGCGAUGUCGUUUUAUGCAUGAGCCUCUGUCUGUCUUAAUUUAGAAUAUAACUAGUCAAAAGCCCGCGCACGUU